AUGGCUCCAGUCACAAAUGGAACUAAGCAGUCCGGUCAACCCGGCGAGGAUGUCUCGAUCGCCUCGGAGCCCUGCGACAUCGACGCGGUCCCGGGCCUUAUUGCCGAUAUCUCCAGCUUGGGCGAGGGUCUCUCAGGCGACAACCGGAACAAGAGACUAGCAGUUUUGGAAAAAGCUCGCGAUCUCGUUCGCGCUCUGGAGACACCGCGAGAAACGAUGCUGAAGCAUGUUGGCGGACAGACGGCCGCAUUCUUUUCCCUUGCCCUGGGUAAUGAUGUCGAGCUCUUCAAGCAUCUGGCCGCCAAUGAUGGCAGCCCUAAGAGCACCGAGCAUCUGGCUGCAGCCGUUGGAUUCGAACUUGAUCUCCUAAGACGGAUUCUGCGUCAUCUUGCAGCCAUGGGCUACAUCUCUCAGACCGGACCUGACGAGUACAAGCCCACGAACUUCACCCGGGCAAUGACCAUCCCCGUGGUUGCGAGCGGCUACUCUUUAUAUGCAUACAGCCUCAUCGAGCCCAUGAUCCACUUCCCCAAAUGGCUCAAAAUCAACGGAUACCGCGCCCCGCGAGCCAUCGACGGGAACCCCCAGAUGUUCGGGCACCGCACCGACCUCCCAUUCUUCGACUGGCUCGACGCACACCAACCCCUGGCCAGCCAGUUCAAUGACCACAUGGGCGGAUUCCGACUGGGACGACCAAGCUGGAUGGACGAGGAGGUGUUCCCGGUCGAAGCAAACCUGCUCACUGGAUUCGACACCACCAAGACCAUCACCAACAAUAACAACCGCAACGGCAACAGCAAAAACAACGAUCCAGUCCUGCUGGUCGACAUCGGCGGCAGCUACGGCCACGACCUGGAAGAAUUCCACCGCAAACACCCGCACGCGCCCGGACGCCUGAUCCUGCAAGAUCUGCCCCGGACCAUAGACCAGAUCAGCCAGCUGGACAGCCGCAUUGAGGCCAUGCCGUACGACUUUCUGACCCCACAGCCCAUCCAUGGCGCUCGCGCCUACUACCUGCACCAGAUUCUGCACGACUACCCGGACGACCGCUGCGUGGAGAUCAUCGAGCAAGUAAAGCGCGCCAUGACCCCGGGGUACAGCAAGCUGCUGAUCAACGAGCACGUUAUCCCUGCGACGGGCGCGGACUGGGAGGCGACGUACCUGGAUUUGUAUUUGAUGGUCGCGUUUAGUGCGCGAGAGCGCACGGUGGAGGAUUGGCGGAAUUUGUUGGAGAAGAGGUGUGGGUUGGUGAUUUCGAGGUUUUGGGAUCCGGGGCAUGGGGUUGAGGGGGUUAUUGAGUGUGAGCUGCCUGUUUAA